AUGAAGAGUUUCAUCUUGAUAACAGCUUUGUCUCUUUGCAGUCUCAGCUGGAACUUUGUUUCAGGUUCUGAGUUUCAGAUUGUGGAGGUCCAGUCGGGGGAAGAAGUUACACUGCGAUGCUCAAAGAUUUCCAGAAAUCUAGUAGCGACGGGCUGGUUCAGAGUGAUCAACAAAACUAAGCCCAGUUGUAUUUCCUCUUUGAUUGAAUCUUGCAGUGAAGCUUCAUUCUGUUAUGGAUUUAAAAAUGGACUCUUUGAAAUGAGUUCAAAUGUUACCUCUGUCUUUCUCAAAAUAAAGCAAGUGAAUAUAUCUGAUGCUGGGCUGUACUUCUGUGGCUUUUACACAAGGGCACACACAGUAUUUUCCAGUGCAACAGAGUUAAGAAUCCAGCGUGGUGGCUCCAAUGAUAUAGAAGAUUUUAAAACUGAAAAAGGGCCUGAUAGAGUUACAUACCCGAUGAGCAUCAUGCUGGGUGUUGUGACUGCUUUACUGACUAUAGUGGUCAUUAUUCUGGUUCUAAAAAUCAGGAAACUUCAAACAGCUGCACAUGAUGAACUUCAGCCAGAAAGAAGCACGGUAAACCCCUUUUUUUCCUUCUUUCUUUAUGAUUUGAAUUAUGCAGCUCUGAGUUUCCAGACAAAAUCCAAAAGAAGUUGGAGGCCUGCGACACAGAGAGAACUGGAGCCUCAUGUUGUGUAUGCUGCCACAAGAUAG